UCGCCCAGAAAUCUGCAGUAACGAUUGCUAAAGAUUACUUUGUAAUCGACUGUAGAUGAAAGCGUUCUUUAUCUAUAAAUUCUAAGUGCGGUAACAUUUGAGACACUCUGAUCGAAGCUGUCUCAGCUCACGUUACAGAUCCAGAGCCAAACCAAUGAUGAGGCUCUUAUUAUUGAUAUCAUGUGUGCUGAUUGCAAUCCAUGCCCGCAAUGUUGCUGAGUCUAAAGGUGAAAAGUCCGAAUUGGCUGCAGAGGCUGGUGUAGAUCUAUCAGCAGCGGGUAGUGAACCAUCAUCCGCAGAUCAGGCUCUAGCUGGAACCGAGCACAAAAAAGCAAAGGACAGUCAUCACGAACAAGGAGGUGGUCACGAGCACCACGCUAAGCAUCACGAAGAACACGGAGAAAAAGGUGACAAAGGUUACAAGUCUCACCAUCAUCACGACAAAGGCGAUCAUGGACAUCAUGAAAAACAUCACCACGAAGGCCACCAUGACGAACAUGGAGGGCAUAAAAAGAAACAUCACGACGAGCAUGACCAUCACGGCGAACAUCAUGAAGCAGCGCAUGGACACAAAGGAGGAAAAUUCGGUCACAAAAAGGGACAUAAGAAAGGUUCUAAAACGACCGGUUUCCACCACAAAUCACACAAAGAUGAAUACCAUAAGGAACACAAGUUCUAUGACGACUUCCACAAAGGCGGCCAUCACCACAAACAUGGAGAUUUCCACGGCCAUCACGACAAGAAAGGAGGACAUCACAAAAAGGGCGGACAUCACGAAAAGGGACAUCACGAAAAACAUCAUGGCAAAAAAGGACAUCACGACAAAGGGCAUUACGACGAGGACCACAAAGGUCACAAAGGGCACCACGGUCACGAGGAGCACCACGCCCACCACCACGACCACGGCAAGAAAGCAGGCCAUGCAGGCGGCAAAGAAUUCGGAUAUAGCCACGGAAAGAAAUCAUAAACUUAAUUUAUUGUUAUUCUUGUUAUUUGUUACUUCUUGUUGUUGUUGCUUGUAUA